AUGCGAUCUCCAUUGGCCAAGACAGACCUGUGGGCGUCCAUUGCCCUGAUCCUGGCAUCGGCGAGCACCGUUACAGCCAGUUGCAGUCUUCCAUCAACCUACAGCUGGACAUCCACCGGCCCUCUAGCACAGCCCAAGUCAGGCUGGGCCGCGCUGAAAGACUUCACCCACGUCGUCUACAAUGGCCAGCAUCUCGUUUACGGCUCCGUCGCCGACACAUCCGGCAACUACCACUCAAUGAACUUUGGCCUCUUCUCCGACUGGUCCAGCAUGGGCUCAGCAAGCCAAAACCAAAUGACCAAUUCCGCCGUCGCGCCAACAUUAUUCUACUUCGCCCCGAAGUCUACCUGGGUCCUCGCCUAUCAAUGGGGUUCCACCACCUUCUCCUACCGCACCUCCAGCGACCCCUCCAAUGCAAAUGGAUGGUCCUCCGAGAACGCGCUGUUCUCCGGCACAAUCUCCGGCAGCGGCACGGGCGCAAUCGACCAAACCGUCAUCGGCGACUCCCAAAACAUGUACCUCUUCUUCGCUGGCGACAACGGCAAGAUCUACCGCGCCAGCAUGCCCAUCGGCAAUUUCCCCGGCUCCUUCGGCACAGCCUCGGAAGUGGUGCUCAGCGAUUCAACCAACAACCUCUUCGAAGCCGUGCAGGUCUAUACCGUCUCGGGACAGAACCAGUACCUGAUGAUCGUGGAGGCAAUGGGCGCGAAUGGGCGGUACUUCCGCUCCUUCACGGCGACCAGUCUAGGCGGGUCGUGGACUGUGCAGGCGGGUUCGGAGAGUCAGCCGUUUGCGGGCAAGGCGAAUAGCGGUGCGACUUGGACGAAUGAUAUCAGUCAUGGCGAUUUGGUUCGUAGUAACCCGGAUCAGACUAUGACUAUUGACCCGUGCAAUUUGCAGUUCUUGUACCAGGGGCGGGACCCGAGUGUCAACCCCUCGUAUAAUCUGCUUCCGUACCGGCCGGGUGUUUUGACGCUGAAAUAG